CUAGAGGCCAGUGCAGGGUCAGGGGGUAAAGGCUGCUCACCCAGGAUUCUCGGCUGCAGGAUACACAGCCAUCUUGGGUCUACGAGCCGAGGGGAAAUUAAUGCGGUGACGAACGGUAUGUUCAGUGCUACGAGAAAGAAGUUUGAGGGGGUCGAAAGCGACUACCCUGAUGAGAGCAUGUAUUAUGGCCAGCCGUCGAUGUUCCCUCAUCGAUCAGAGAAGGAUAUGCUGGCAUCUCCCUCACCAUCAUCGUCAGGUCAAUUGUCGCAACUUGGUGCAAGUUUGUAUGGGCCACAAAGUGCACUAGGCUUCUCAAUAAGGGGCAUGAACAACAACAACCCUCAGUUAAACCGAAGUUUAACACAAGGUACUCAGUUACCGAGCCAUAGCACCCCAACGACAGGCGUCCCAACAAUGUCCCUCCAUACCCCACCUUCGCCGAACAGGGGAAUUCUACCCAUGAACUCCAGAAACAUGAUGAAUCACUCGCAGGUGGGCCAGGGCAUGAGUAUGAGUGGCAGGACCAACAGUAUGGGCAGUUCGGGCCUUGGCAGCCCCAACCGCAGCUCUCCUAGCAUCAUCUGCAUGCCAAAGCAACAGCCAGCACGCCAGCCUUUCACCAUCAACAGUAUGUCAGGUUUUGGAAUGGGGCGAAGUCAAGGGUUUGGUAUGAACUCUUUAUCGAACAACAUCUUCAAUGGCACAGAUGGGAGUGAAAACGUGACAGGACUGGACCUCUCUGACUUUCCGGCGUUAGCAGACAGAAGUCGGAGGGAAGGAAAUGGCAACCCAACACCGUUGCAUAAUCCCCUGGCUGGAAGGGCUCCCUACGUUGGGAUGGUCACAAAACCAUCGACUGAACAGUCACAAGAUUUCUCGAUUCACAACGAGGACUUCCCUGCACUGCCUGGGCCGAACUACAAGGACCCAACGUUGAGCACGGACGAAAGCAAAUCAAACUUGAACUCAUCAGCCAAGAGCAGCUCCAGUGCAGAUGGCCCUAAGUUCCCAGGUGAUAAAACAUCAGCACAGAACAACAACCAGCAGAAGAAAGGGAUCCAGGUCUUGCCUGAUGGCAAAGUGACGAACAUUCCUUCAGGAAUGGUGACGGACCAGUUUGGAAUGAUUGGACUUCUGGCGUUCAUCCGGGCGGCCGAGACAGAUCCUGGCAUGGUUCACCUGGCGUUAGGAAGCGACCUGACUACACUGGGACUCAACCUCAAUUCUCCUGAGAAUCUGUAUCCUAAGUUUGCAUCUCCUUGGGCCUCUGCACCAUGCCGACCACAGGAUAUUGACUUCCAUGUUCCCUCUGAGUACUUAACCAACAUUCAUAUAAGGGACAAGCUGGCUGCAAUAAAACUGGCACGUUAUGGAGAGGACCUGCUGUUCUACCUCUACUACAUGAAUGGAGGAGACCUCUUACAGCUUCUAGCUGCUGUGGAACUCUUCAACCGAGACUGGAGGUACCAUAAGGAGGAGAGGGUGUGGAUUACAAGAGCACCAGGCAUGGAACCCACCCUCAAGACGAACACCUACGAGAGAGGGACAUACUACUUCUUUGAUUGUCUUAACUGGAGAAAAGUAGCUAAGGAGUUUCACCUCGAAUAUGACAAGCUUGAGGAGCGGCCUCACGUGCCAACCACCUUCAACUACAACCCGGCCCAGCAGGCCUUCUGAAACCGAGUCGCUUAGCGUCUGUGAGCUCCAGGAGCAGACCUCAGGGCCAGCCAGCCGGCGAGCCCAACCACAACCUGGUUUUAUUCCUCACCUGUCUGGACAAGGACUGUGGGAGGGGGGGGAGGUGGGGGGUCUCCACCUUAAGAACUGAGGGGAGGGUCCCUGCCUUACAAAUUAUGUGCUGCCCAAAACAACACUCAAACACACUUUCACUGUUUUUAAGUACCCUCUUGCUUUUCUCUCUUUUCAUUUUGAGCACGGGUCUGUGUUUUGUUUACGCCUUAGAUCAAAAGCCCAUUUGGUCUCUGGCAGGAGAACUGACUUGCAGUACAACAAAUACACAGCGGUAAAAACAACAGCAACGAAAAGGCUACGUUUCUUUUUCUGAAACGUACUGUGCUAGUAAACAGGACAGACACAAAAAUCAAUCCAAUACAUGUGAAUACAAAAGGGCGGAAGAAAAAUGCAAUGUUCAUUGUUGCACUAUUUAGUAAUAAAAGAACACAAAAAUUGUUUUGUGCUUUUUUAUCUGGGGGAAAAAAAAAUUCUCUUCUGUUUUUGUCUGGAAGGGUACACACCCUGUUGUUAACAUCAUGGAUUCUCUUCCUUGUCCUUUGUUCUCCUCCAGAGCGUUCCUUCGAUCCGUCAGCUUAACCCUGCAGCCAGUCCUAUAUCCGGUCAGGUUUUCUCUGCCUAACUCCAAUAAUUACAAAAUCAGACUGUUUUAGUGACCAUUGUGGAAACAGCUUGUGGACCAUCCUCACCCAGGAGGUUGUGAGAUUACUGAGCUACAUUGUUCCAGGAAAAAAAACACUUUUCAGUCUUUGUUACGAUUUUGUAAUAAACGUGUACAUUUUUUUAAUUUUUUGGACAUCACAUGAAUAAAGAUAUGUAUGUACGAAUGUGUAUAUAAUAUAUAUAUAUAGAUAGCUGUAUCUAUAUAUAUAUACAUGACGUCUAUUUUGGAAAAAAAGGUAAAUAUUCUCUGCUCAGCCUCAUUUUUAGGAGGUGAGCAGUGGUGGCAUUAUGUGUUAGAAAUUAAAAAAAAUCAAAACGACAAAAAAAAAAAAACAUAGUGUUAAUAAUGUUGAGCUGCCAGACAGGGAUUCACGUUUGUUACCCUGUGCACUUAAGACCAAGACAAAGAAACAAAAAAAGGAAGGCCUGACUUUCUAGAACCAAGGACAUCCGUACCCCAAAACAAUGAGGGUGGAGACAUUUCAGUUGCAGCUGUUUGAAUAGAAGCAUUUCAUAGGAAAAGGAAAACAGGUACACCGCUAACAAAAGCCUGACCAGUCUUGUAUUUUCUGAUCACAUUUAAAGCUUCUUUCUUUUCUUUGUAAUAAAGCAGAAUGGCUUUCCUGAA